AUGACAGAGUCCUCCCUCCUCACCACGCAUCCCAUACCGAACCACUAUCCGGUCACCGCGGCUCCUUCUCUAGCCUCUCCCUUCCCCAACGGCUCCCUUUCCGACACAAAUCUUCAAGACGAGGAGGAAUACACCAUCAAAUGCAUAUGUAUCUAUGCAGAUGAUGAUGGAAAUACCGUCUACUGUCCCAAGUGCGACACCUGGCAGCACAUCGAAUGCUACUAUCACGGAAAAAAGGUGCCAGAGGAGCAUUUCUGCGCAGAUUGUUUCCCCCGUGAUCUUGACGCAAAGAAGGCGACCGAUCGGCAGAGGAGACAUCGAGAGGCUCUCGAUGGCGGUGACCGCAAAGUCAAGAGACCAAGUUCAAAGAGUCAAAAGAAGAAGCACAAAGAGAGUAGCGCGAUCGUUGAGCAGGUUAAUGGCUGGCACGCGCUCGAUCGUCACGAAUCCGUGGGCAAUACAAGAGAUGGGCCUCCCACAAAGAAGCCAAAGACUAACCACCGCCCGUCCGGCUCCAUUGUCUCGAUAAAUGGAGAAUCCAGGAAACGGGCCACUUCCACUGCUCAGUCCUACCCUAGUCCUUCCAAGUCUCCUCAAGACCUUUUCCGUUUCCCGGCCAUUCCUACCUAUACCACCGAAUUUCUCGAGCUGUACGAUCGCGAUCAAGGAAACACCAAUGCCAAGGACAAUGAGCAAACAAUUCAAGCUGCUAACGCCUUGUCAGCGUGGCGGACUGACUCGUCUCUGGUUGUGAAUGGCCCCGGACAACAACCUACAGCUAAAUCGCCCUUCGUGCGCACGGAUCGGCCGCUUGAUCCGAAUACCUGGCCAGACGUCUCAGUUGAGACUAUGACCAAGACCGAUGUCGAAUACGAGGGAAAAUACCCUACUUGGCGCUUCCUACGGCUACAAACGUCUGUCAAGAAAGACGAGAUCGUCGGCGAGGUCCGAGGCCAGGUAGGCAUGUUGGAAGAGUAUUGUCAGCAGAAAAAUACCUCGAACAGGUGGCAGGAGCUGAGACACCCAGAUCCUUUUGUGUUCUUUCACCCCCAUAUGGACAUCUACAUCGAUAGUAGGAAAUCUGGGACUCGGUUUCGUUACUUGCGGCGGUCCUGCCGGCCUAACGUGACCCUGAAGACCUUUGUUUCGGACGACGAUGAAACUCACCAUUGCUUUGUUGCCAGCAAAGAUAUUCAGGCCGGGGCAGAACUCACCACCACAUGGUUUCUGGAUUCAGGAAUGUUUUCUGUGGACGCUGUCCGAGACGAUUCUGAACAAGCCCAGAGUCGACGCCUCGACUGGGUCAGCCGGGUGCUCGCCAAUUUUGGCGACUGUGCCUGUGAUGGUGGGUCGGCCUGCCUACUCGCCGGGUUCGAUCGAAGAUUCUCUCCCAAAUCUCUAGAGGGAAUGCCGAAGGAAAAGGGAGGAAGAAAGAAAAAAAGUAAGAUCAAACCUGCCAUCUCGCCUUUGAGCACAGGACGCGCCACCAACAGUCGAGCAGGAAGCGAAUCGAAGUUACUCGAUGACGAUGAUCACUUCGACCGACGGUCUACUUCUGAAUCCUCGCGCAGUGGCGGACCGAGUCGAGAUAUCACCCCGGUGAAUGUGGCGGCUCUGGAUGCUGACCCCGUGCUGGGCGCUGGCCUUACCGCCCGGGAACUACGCAAGAUCCAGAUGGCCGAGAGAGCCUUUGCGCAGAGGGAACAAGAAAAGAAGGACCACAAGGAACAGGGCCAGCAGAGAAAGAAAAAGCGUACAAGUGGCGGUUCGACACUGAACACUCCUAGUGCGAAUGUAUCCAAGCAACUGGGCCUUCCACCUACCUCGCAGCCGACCACACCGAGUGCGCGGCAGACCAAGUCGGCAGACCCAUCCCUGGGCUCUCCUCCACCGCCCAGAGGACCCCUGAGUCGAGCUAAAUCCACGGACGGACCGAAUCGAUCUGAGCCCAAAGUUGUACGACCUGUGUAUGUUAAUGUUUCGGUCCAGACGGAGCCUGAGGAGUCCGAGUUGCCUGUGCCACCCCCAAAGAGGAGGAAGUUUUGCACACCCACCCAGAGGUUGCUUAGAAGGCUGUUGGAAGAUCGGGCCAGGCACGAACAAGAGCGCCGAUACAAAACUUCUCCCGUGUCAGAUCGCCUCGAUGUUGUCGUGCCUGGCUCCACGUCGGCGGCCGACGACGUCGAGAUGAAGGAUGCAAACUUGGAGCAAGCCCACGACCGGCCUGCGGCUUCGUCUGCGCAAGAGGCCAGGGGCGGCUACAGCCCGAUCAAUGUGGGCUCGACCACUUACCCUUUGCCUUCGCAAGCAGCGCAUACACUGCCGUCCUUCACCCCACCGUCGGCCCCUCGCCUACAGUUGACGACAUUGCCCCCUGUGCCUACUUUCCCGGGGUCGGUAUCGGCUGGCGCCGUGACCACCCCCGCCUCGACCACAUCCAAUACCACCCAAUCGCCGGUGCUGAUGAGUGCGGUUUCUAGCUAUUACUCGCUACCGGCCAAUUCCGUGGUGACGCCAAGUCCGGCGAGAAAGAAACUCAGCCUGGGGGACUACAUGAGUCGACGUGCCGCGUCCACCCCAGCAGUGGAGAAGUCUCAAAUACAAGGUGGCCUAGACAGCGGCGACGGAGAUCGAACGAAAGACCUAGAGCAAGGCGAGUCCUCGCCCAUAAUGCCCGAGACUGCUGUCAAGGAUCUGCGAUCAAGCGAAGAGACUGUGCAGCAGUCAUCAGCUCAAGGAGGACUUUCUGGAGCUCCAGUGGGUGAAAAUGCUCAUCAAGAUGCCGAACCCGAGUAUCACCCUUUGGUAACGCGGAUCGAAUGUGGGCAUCCUCCUUCACCUCUCCUGUCGAACGAAAAUGUUUUACCCUCAACGAGUGAGACAUCCAGCGUUCCCUCUGCAGUCUCCAACGUUCUCGCUCAGCUUGCGCAACUCCAGGGCAAGUGA